CUCCUUGCCUAUGAAUCUUCUUCCUCCUGAGUUAUACGAGAGGUAGUGCUACGGAGUAUCCAUCCUGUGUACCACACCACCAAGGAUUCCCGGAAUGCGUCAGGCGAUCCUCUAGUGGGUCAUGACAUGAUACUUGCUAGUAUGCCGCCGCAUCGUAAGGUACAACACAGCCUACACUGUUCAUGGCAGUCUUCUAGCAGUCUGCAAGGUACCGUUCCUGAUGCUAAGUCUGUACCAUCCUUGUAACUAGUCCUACUUAGGGAUGUCCAUCUUUGGCAAUAUUUUUCUAAUUAAUCAUUUACCCCGGAACUCCCGUAUUCCGGCUCACGCGGUAAUAAAAAUGUAUAUGUGAAGAUUUGAUACUAAAUAACAAUGAUUUCUUUGUCCUAUUCGCUUUUCGCCUGUUGACUACCCUCCGAUAAGUGUGAAUCAAGCGGUACACCAUGGAUGUUAUUCUGGACGUGCUGGACACCCUAGUCUUCGACCGACUGUAUGCAGCGAUUCUCCCACGACAUGGUGCAACGAAAAUAGCACACUACUUUUCCUCCAAUGGCACAGAACUGGCCACAUUGAACGAAAGUGUCAAUCGUUAUUUCGUCCUAUUGCCUUCCAAAUGGGCUACACAAAGUAUCUUGCCAAGAGACCACCUCCUUCGGCAAAGUUUGAGUUUGUUUCUUAUUACAUGGGCAUUUGGCAUCGUUCUCUACUUCCUCAGCGCAACACUUUCGUUUCACUUCGUCUACGACAAGCGCGCCAUGAAACAUCCGAAGUUCCUACGUAACCAGAUUUCCAUGGAGAUCGCGCAAGCCGUGAAUGCAAUGCCCGUGAUGGCAGCCCUCACUGUUCCAUUCUUCCUGGCUGAAGUCCGCGGAUACACAAAGCUGUACGAUUUCUCCAGCCAAGCGCCUUUUCCGCUUUAUACAUACCUCCAAUAUCCUAUCUUCAUUGCGUUCACCGACUUCGGAAUCUAUUGGAUUCAUCGUGGAGAGCAUCACCCCAAGGUCUACAAGCAUCUACACAAGCCCCAUCACAAGUGGAUCAUCUCGACUCCAUUUGCCAGCUACGCCUUUCAUCCGCUGGAUGGGUGGGCGCAGAGCCUGUCAUACCAUGUCUUUCCUAUCAUAUUCCCUCUCCAGAAGGUCGCCUACCUGGGUCUGUUUAUCUUUGUGACGAUCUGGACUGUUAUGAUCCAUGAUGGAGAGUAUGCCCUCGACUCACCUGUUAUCAAUGGCUCCGCCUGUCAUACUAUUCACCACUACUAUUUCAAUUACAACUACGGCCAAUUUCUGACCAUCUGGGACCGUAUUGGAGGAAGCUAUAGGAAGCCGAACCGAGAGCUUUUUGAUCGCGAAGUGCGGAUGACUCAGAAAGAAAUCAAGAAACAGGUCGAGGAGAUGGAGAAACUUGUUCAGGAGGUAGAGGGCGUGGAUGACCGGUGUUAUGAGACUCAAGCAGAGAUGAAAAAAACCCUUUAAUGACGGGUUAUAGUCUCUGGAGACUAAAAUAGCUUUGUUGUCUUCGUUGUCUACGACGGUUACGCAUCCUGCAUAAGCUCC